AUGUGUGGAGCAAACGUUGAUCUGCCAAAUAAAGGUGGUGGAAGUGUCAAUCAGCUUGGUGGGAUGUUUCUCAACGGCAGACCUCUGCCAGAAUCCAAGAGGAGGAAAAUGAUCGAACUGGCCUCGGAGGGAGUCCGUCCAAGCCAGAUCUCCAGGAUCCUCCGGGUGUCCAACGGGUGCGUCAGUAAGAUCCUGAGCCGCUACCGCCGCACAGGACUCCUGGAGCCCAAGACCAUUGGAGGGAGCCGACCUCGGCUUCUCACCCCCGGUGUCAUCUCCACAAUCAUCCAGUGCAAAAGGGAAAAUCCAACAAUUUUCGCUUGGGAAAUUCGAAAACGGCUUGCAGCAGCACGAAUAUGCAAGGCCUCCAAAGUUCCCAGCGUGUCGUCUAUCAAUCGGAUUUUAAGAAAGAUCCACUUGGACCAGGGGCCGAUGUGCAUGGAGAUCAAUGCGCACAUCAGGACUGAGCAAGAUUUGGAUUCUCUGAUUCAAGAAGAAGUGAAUAAGAGAAAGAUUUUCGAGACAGUGUGCAGUAAUGACCAGAAACCUAAAGGUGUCCAGCACCGAAACCGCACCACCUUCACCCCAGAGCAGAGCACAGCACUUGAGCAAGAAUUCUCUCACAGCCAGUAUGCAGAUAUGUACACGAGGGAGAAGCUGUCAGCUGAGAUCAAACUUCCAGAGGACACCAUCAAGGUCUGGUUUUCAAAUAGACGGGCUAAAUGGAGGAGGGAAGCCAAGCACAGGAGUAGCACACAGAACCUUCAAAAGCAAAGAGAUCUUGUUCCUGUGAAUCCACCAAUGCCGCACACCUUCACAUCUCAACAGGCAACAGGAGUGUCAAGAGUCUGCUGUGAAAACUCAGAUGCCUCCGCUACAUACAACACAGUUGCCAGGAAGUUGCAAAAUGCCUACUUCUUCCCUUCAGAAACAGGUAUGGGAAAUUCUGAACAUCUGGCAUCCAUCUCAGUCCCACCCUCAUUCCUCCAUCAGUCUAAUAACACGAUGGCACAGACCAUGACAGACAGGACUCCACUGGAUCUCCACAGAGAUAGAUUCACAUUCCCACUGGUUCACCAUCACGCCGAUGCAAGGACAUCCCUCCCUUUGGCAACUGAGACAAUAAGAACAGACCGCCCUGUGACUCAGUGCUGGAACCAGCAGGAUAUUCCUUUUACUUGGAGCCAGUUUCCAACAGAUGAGAGGUUUCUGUUUGCACAGCAGCCCUGGGAUGUGAAUCGAUACCUGGACUAA